GGCAAACUGAAUAAUUUGACAUUUGUUGUAGGGGAUAAUAGUCUUCGCAUCAGUAAUGGGCACACUUGGCUUCCAAGUGCUGAUCGAAUCAGGUCGCCAGCUGAUCACGCAGGAGCACGCGAAUUUCCAGCGCAAGCAGGAGCUCUGGAUGGUCGGCAGCAUGUCCUCCGUCGCGGUCGUGAAGUUCUUCCUCAUGCUCUACUGCCGGACGUUCAAGAACGAGAUCGUGAGGGCCUACGCCCAGGACCACUUCUUCGACGUGAUCACCAACUCGGUCGGCCUGGUCGCGGCGCUGCUCGCCGUCCGGUACAAAUGGUGGAUGGAUCCAGUUGGUGCCAUACUGAUCGCGCUGUACACGAUCACGACGUGGGCGCGGACGGUGCUGGAGAACGUGGGCACGCUGAUCGGCAGGUCGGCGCCGGCGGAGUACCUGACGAAGCUGACGUACCUGAUCUGGAACCACCACGAGGAGAUCCGGCACAUCGACACGGUGCGUGCCUACACCUUCGGCACCCACUACUUCGUGAAGGUGGACAUCGUGCUCCCGGGGGACAUGCCGCUCAGCCAGGCGCACGACAUCGGCGAGUCGCUGCAGGAGAAGCUGGAGCAGCUGCCGGAGGUCGAGCGCGCCUUCGUUCACGUCGACUUCGAGUUCACGCACCGGCCCGAGCACAAGGCCGAGGUCUGAUGGCUUGGCUAGUGGCUAGGCUACUUUCUUACUCAGAGCUCAGACCAGUUGUAGCAGAGCUGCUGAAGAUCUGAUGACACAAGUAUUUGUAAGACGAAAUGCAACAUCAUUUCUUGAGCCCUCAACUCUUAAAGGGCAUCUAGAUGUUUUUUUUUUUGCGAAAUAGGCAUUUUUGUCCUUGAACUUUCACCCAAGGCUCAAUUUGAUCCCUCAACUAUCAAAAUGACCAUUUUAAUCCUCAAA